UCACAGACAGCUGGAGAUUUUCUAGGACCUUCAAUCUCUUUAAUAGCUGAUUUCUGAUUUCUUCUCUAUUACAGUGUCCUCAGAAUUUAUUUUGUCCUCCACCUCCACAUCCGAGCUGCUGUGUUCAGUUCAGUACGGGUGCCACAAGGGGUCACUAGUGCCUGCCAAGUAGCGCAAUCAUGCAAUCACUGUGGCAUGUCCGAGAACAACUUUUAAAGUCAUUGGUUUUGCCCACAGAGGGCAAAGGUUCCUGUGGGAGCUGCAGGGCAUUUAGACUGAAGGUAAAGACGUGAGUUUGGUGGGUGGGGGGAAAAAAAGGCGCAUCGACAGUCCGACUAGAACAUUAGCGGUGCUUCACACUUCAGGGAGAUGCAUUCAGUUUGAAUGUGACUUGGUCAAAGUGUUCUGGCGGUGCAUGCUCAUGUUGAUUCUCCCCGCUACCUGUGAGGAUGGCGCGCUGCCGGUGCGCCGGGCGCCUCCCGCUGUGCGCCACUGUCACUUCUUGUCGCUUUCUUCCUCUCCUCUCGCUUUCCUCGACGCGCAUUGGACGGCUGACGGUGCGUAAGCUCCACUGAUACUGUAGCCCUCAAACCUGUCUGCAUAAACAUCGGAAGAUGACGGCGUGAAAACCGGACAUCGGCAGACUUGUUUGAACCACUCGGUGCCAAAGUGUGAUAAGAAGUGGCGGCUGAACGCUCGGCUCCCGGACCAGAGCCGUGCGCGCUGAGUUAACGCCGAGGACUUCACGAAAGGUCGCCCGGGUGUGGAUGUACGCCGACACAUGCUGCAAUUUGAACUACUUUUGUAUAUUUGUCAUAUGUCGGGCUGGAGCUGCUCUCACUCGUCCCCGCACAACACCGCACGGCUGCCAACUUCAGGAGUGAUGCGGAGGACACGCACGGACCAGCACGCUAAGAGGGACUGAACGCGUUUUCAUUUAGGAGAAAACACUUUUUCUUUUUUGAAGCUCACUGAGAGAGUCGUUUGAAGGAUGCCUCACAGCAGACGGCUCGCUCCCGGUUUAUUCUCAUGAGCGUCUCCUCUCCAAAAAGAAAAGAAAAAAAAAUGGCUCAAAGAGUGAUGCAAAGCUGCGCGCAAGUUCCCUCUCUCCAAGCGCUGAAUUUUCCGGAGAAAAAAAACAACCAAGUAGGACAUUAGAGAAGAAGCUGUCAGCAGUUUUUUUUUUUUUUUUUUUUUUUUUGGAUGAGGCAUGACAUUGUUUCCAGAAAAGUUGCUCUCUCACAUUUUGCAAACGAUGCUGCAAAAAGGCUCCUUUCCUUUAGAUUGAAUCACUCUGGCGCCUGCAGCAUUUCCGGAUAUUCUCGUUUUCCUAAAAGCUGAAAGAAACAUGUUGCACAUCCUCGCGCUUCAGUCGGCGGUGUUACUUUUUGGAGUAGCCGACUGUCGAGUCUUGGAGGGACUGCAGAGAUAUUCCUCCAUCUCCACGUACCUGCCUGUCAACUACCAGGUGCUCAAUGCUGAACUGGCGUUUUUCCUGAAGGAGGCCAACCAGGACUUCAUGAGGAACUCUAGCCUGAUGUCGCGGACUGAGCCCUUCUUCAUCUACCAGGCCAGAAGCUUGCCCUCGGUGAACGCCAGCUAUGGACCUCUCUCUCUGGAGCAGCCUGUCCCUUUAGAGCUCUUGCAGAGCCCUGGGAUGUUUCCAGCCUCCUCAGUUUUUACCUUCAACUGGAAGGUUCAGACCUUUAUCAUGAACACCAGGAUUCACCUGGCCAAGCCCAGAGUCCAGGUGCUGUUCUAUGUCGCAGGCCGAGACUGGGAUGACUACAGCGCCAUCGACAAGCUGCCCUGCGUCCAUAUGUUUGCUUUCCAUGAGACGCAGGAGGUGCGUGGCUCCUGUCAGCUGAAGGGGGAGCUGGGCUUGUGCGUGGCUGAGCUGGAGCCUUUGGGCAGCUGGUUCAGCCCGCCCAGUGUCGUGCCAGGGCGCCAGAGGAACCUGGAAGUGUCCGAGGGCACGCCGGUGGAGCUCUACUACAUGCUGCAGUCCACACAGGCGGGGGAGUGCCACUCAGACGAGGCCAGGAAGGACAGCUUCAUCCGCUCAAGCCAGGAAGGGCUGUUUGGUUCCUACACCUCCACACCACUGAGGAGGAUCGGUGGCGUGAGGCUGUACCAGAACCCCACUCCGCCACCCCUCGCUGAACACAGGCUGGAUAAUAACUUUAUGGUCAUGGUUCCAGCAGUGCCCAUGAGUCAGAGGGAAACCGUCUCUGCUUUCAUCACUGUGUCAGCCUACUCUCCCGUGGAGAUGUUUACUCUCAGAGUGAAGUUGAAAGAAGGUUUGACGUUUCUCGGCGCUCGUCCCAGCAACCCCACCCAGUGGAUAGUCAGCCAGGAUGUGAGGAGUGAAGGCCACCGAGUGGUGACGCUCCACUGCCGCAGGAAGGAGUCCGGCUACGACCAGCAAAGGUCUGAGAUGGGGGUUCAGAGGGUGCUCCAGGUGGAUCUGAAAAUGGAAAGCUUCCCAGAGCCGUUGGGCAGCCGCUGGAUGGCCUGGCAGGUGGAGUACCCAGCCAGUCGCGCUGCCACACAAGAGGCUGAGACGGAGAUCCGAGUGGCACAGGAGGACCUGGUGGGCAUCGUGCCACUGGCCAUGGAUUCAGAGAUUUUGAACACUGCCGUGCUGACUGGGAAGACAGUGGCUGUCCCGGUGAAGGUGGUGACCGUUGGAGUAGACGCCUCUGUUAUGGAUGUCUCAGAGGCAGUCAAGUGUCGCUCUACAGACGAAGAUGUGGUCAAGGUGUCGGACAGGUGUGACUACAUUUUCGUGAAUGGCAAAGAGAUGAAGGGCAAGGUGAAGAUGAUGGUGAACUUCACCUACGGCUACCUGAGCGCUCACCUGGAGCUCAACGUGUGGAUCCCUCGACUGCCGCUCCAGAUUGAGGUGUCAGACACAGAGCUGAGCCAGAUCAAAGGGUGGAGGGUCCCCAUCACGGCCACCAGUCAGAGGUCUGCACGGGACAGUGAGGAUGAGGAUGAUGACGACAGACGUGGGCGAAGCUGCACUCUGCAGUAUCAGCACGCCAUGGUCAGAGUCCUGACCCAUUUUGUAGCAGAGUCAGCUGAUCCUCGUGGCCAGACCAGCUUCAUGCUGGGCACUGAUUGGCAGGUAGACAUCACAGAGCUGGUGUGGGACUUCCUGAAGGUAGAGGACCCCCAGAUUGCGCAGCUACUGGACAGGAGAAUACUGGUGGGACUUGACAUGGGGAUGACCACAAUCCAGGUGUUGUCUCCUUUAUCAGACUCAAUCCUGGCAGAGAAGACUAUCACAGUAGUGGAUGAAAAAGUGACCAUCACAGAGUUGGGGGUCCAGCUGGUGACCGGCCUCUCUAUGAGCCUGCAGCUCAGUCCAGGAAGCAACAAAGCCAUCCUGGCUACCACGACCACCCAGGAGGUUCUGCAGAGCCUCAAACAGGAGGCCCUGAUCAGCGCCUGGCUUCAGUUCAGCGACGGCUCCUCGGCUCCUCUGGACCUGUUUAAUUCUGACUUCUUUGUCCUGACAGCCACCUCCCUAGAUGAGGAGGUAGUGACAGUACAGCAGAACCCCUCUUGGAAAUGGCCUGUCAUUGUGACGGAGGCAGAGGGCCAAGGCCUGCUGGUCAGGGUGGAAAUGACUGUUUGCGAGGUCUGCCAGAAGUUUAAGCGCCGCAGCAUCCUGGCAGCGGGGAACUGUAACGUCAGGGUGAAGUUUGGUCAUAGCGACAGCUCAAGGGGAGGGAACAGCGACUACGGUCCUGACGGAGACGAUAUGGAGAACAGAGGCAGGCUCUCCCCCUCCCAGGACAGGACCGGCCUUGACACCCACUACUAUGGCAGCUCCAUCUCUGACAUGGAGGAUGGUGUGUUAAGGAGAGCCACCACCACCAGAAGCGCAAUAAUGCGCAGACCCAAUGGGGGUAAACUUGCAGAUGACGGUAGCCAGAACAUGCCAAUUGAUUUCGCUGACUUCCCUGCACAAGUGGACCUGCCCCGUGGCCGCAACAUGGACGACGACCUCAUCCAGACUGCUCGUGGGCUCACCGACUUGGAGAUCGGCAUGUACGCCCUGCUGGGGGUCUUCUGCCUUGCCAUCCUGGUCUUUCUCAUCAACUGUAUCUCCUAUACCCUGAAAUACCGCCACAAGGAGCUCUCAAUUGAGGGCCAGGAGAGCAUGAACCACGCCCAUGAUUGGGUGUGGCUGGGGAACGAGGCAGAGCUGCUUGAGAGCCAAAUCAGCCUUUCACCCCAGCAGGAGGAGCAGACCUCCAUGAUGGACUCGAGCAGCGGACUUGAGGAAGGCAGCCACCUGCUGAACGGAGGCUCGGCCCAGAAGAACGUGCAGGGCCAAGUGCAUCGGGCGGCGGACACAAGCUGUAUACCCAAGGACAGCAAAGGAGACUCACCCACCACCAAGAGGAAGCGAGUCAAGUUCUCCACGUUCACCACCAUCCCUUCAGACAGUAACUACCCCACUGUGAACACACUGACUGGAGGCCACAGCCAGGACAUUAAGUGGGUGUGUCAAGACGUGGAGCUGGGAGACUCCAAGGAGUUGCGCAAUUACAUGGAAAGGUUAAAUGACAGUGCUUUAAAAGAGGUGGCAUAAUGUACUGUGUGCCCUUGUAACAAACUCACCCUUAUGCCUUUCAGAAGAAAGUGGGUCUGGAUGGAAACCGGACCUCUUGUUGGUGAAAUUGGAGGAGAAUCAUCUCAAACUGCCAAAGGGUCAUUAAAAUUAAGAGAACUGUCUUGAUUCCAGAAGAGACUAAUGAUGAAUCAGUAACAUAUAAUACGUCAGUGAACGAGGACGUCAGAUGGUUCUUUUUUUUUCAUUUGUUUAUCAGAUGAUUACCUUUUAAUCAUUGUUUUACGACUACAGGGUUUACGUGGAACGACCGUGGGACUGAUCUGCAGACCUGUGAUAAUCAGACGACAUGUAGAUUUUACAACAAACAGUAACGUGACUAGAUAGAUGUUCUGAAUGUCCGUGCACAUUAAAUGGUUUUGGAAUUUUUUGUAAAAUUUUGGGUAUUAAUUUCCUACGCCAGGUCCUUAUUCUGUGGAAGAGUCGAGGAAAGGCCAAAGCAAGCCGAGAGAAAUUUCUGCAUGCUGUUGGAAACAAAAGGCACAACUUUCCGGUUCAUUCUCAUCCUCCUUAACACGGCAGACGACCUGUUAUGUAUAUACCGAACAGUCUCCAAAGCAUUGUAUUGUUGCUCUGUAUAUUGUAUUUUCAUAACA